UUAGCUGGUUUAUAUGCUUUGUCGGCCUCCUCGCUCGUACCGUCAGUUUUGCUAACCGACACCUGCGACAGCAAACACUUUUAUCGAGCUUUUUGUUUUGUCCGUGUUAUUAGAAUGGCUGUAGCUGAAGACCGGGCCUCCUGCUAACGCGUUUUAUUUGGAUGGACUCGGUCAUGUUGCCUCCUUCAGAGAAACUGCCCGGUUCAGGCUGAGUUUUCGGCAUGACAGGGAUGAAGAUAGACCUGGAACAAGUGCUAAUACAUAUUUUUAAAUCCUCAGAUAUCAAUCUUAUUACCUUGCUGUCAAGACUUCCAAUAGAGAUUUUCAAAUGAAAAUGGAGGAUAUGCCCCUCUCAGGCCCAGACAACACCAGGCUGGAGGCCCUGGCCCAUGACAUCUACUCUGAGCUGGUGGAAGAUGCCUGUUUGGGCCUGUGUUUUGAGGUGCAUCGAGCUGUUAAACAGGGCUAUUUCUUCCUGGAUGAAACGGACCAAGAGAGCAUGAAGGAGUUUGAAAUUGUGGAUCAACCAGGAGUGGACAUAUUUGGGCAGGUGUACAAUCAGUGGAAGAACAAAGAGUGUGAGUGUCCCAACUGUAAAAGAUUAAUAGCAGCUUCUCGCUUUGCUCCACAUUUGGAGAAAUGCCUUGGCAUGGGACGCAACAGCAGCCGCAUCGCCAACCGCAGGCUAGCCAGCAGUAAUAAUAUGAGCAAAUCAGAGAGUGAUCAGGAAGACAAUGAUGACCUUAAUGAUAAUGACUGGUCGUAUGGGGCUGAAAAAAAAACCAAGAAGAGAAAGUCAGAUAAGAGUCAAAAUUCCCCAAGAAGAUCCAAAUCCCUGAAACAUAAAAACGGUGAGCUUGGAAGUGGCGUCGGUGCUGAAUCUUACAAGUACAACUAUAAUACUGGCAUCAGUUAUGAAACCUUGGGCCCCGAUGAAGUCAGAUCCCUUCUAACGACGCAAUGUGGGGUGAUAUCUGAGCACACAAAGAAGAUGUGUACCAGGUCUCAGCGAUGUCCCCAACACACGGACGAACAGAGGAGGGCCGUCAGGUUGUUCCUCCUGGGGCCGUCCGCGCCAACGCUGCCUGAUGCAGAUGCUGUGGAGACUGACAGCUUUGACAUUCCAGAUGCACAACCCUUAAUGAGCCGCCUGCAGUGGGAGGACUCUGAUAUUUCACCUACUGAUUCUGCUUCAUCUAAAGCCAGCACCAACCAUUCAGAUUCUCGGAAGCCCAAGAAAAAGAAGAAGCCAUCUCUUCCAUUGAACAGUGGAGGAGGAGGAAGUGGGAGUGGAAGCCUGGCUGGAGGCGGCGGCGGCAGCAGCUCUCAGAGUAAUAUCAGUAUAUCGACCAAAAAAAAGAGGCCCAAACUCUCAGCACCUCCUAUUUCAAGUAUCUAUGAUGAUUUAGCAUAAGCCAAUUUGUCAGACCAGCCCCCACCUCCUCUUAUUAAGUCCCUUCUUUCACACCAAGCUUUAAAGGUCUGAGCUGAAUGGGAUGAAACUUGACUUAGAAGUUCCUUAGUAAUCAUUUGGCCUUGAUAACUGAGGCAUCUACAUUUAAAGAUUUGUCCUUCCUAAAUUAUGAACACAGAGUUUAAGAAUUGCGGUCCGAGUCCAGUCAGAGUGUCUGCAAUAACGGAUUGGCUCACUUCCAGUGUAAAACAGAAUUUGACGCUUUGUGUGGCUGUUUCAAUGAGGAGCUUCCACACAACACUGCAGAAAACUUUGCAGCCAAUUAAAGAAAAUUGUAAAGUAGUGUAAGUAGAUUAUUUGAACCAAAACAUAAUUUUAUGCAGAUAUAGAAAUAAAGAACAUGCUACCCAUGUUGCAUGUCAUCCUCGCUCUUGCAGCUGAUCCUUUGCAAUAAAGGCAAAAAAAGCUUAGAAAUAAAUCUUUGAAAAAAAAAAUGAACCACUUGUGUGUAAAUGAUAUCUCCUGUGCUCUAAAUUUUAUUUUACGGAGGGCCUUGAAGUUACAAAAGACAUCAAUCAUAAGACCACCUGGAUUCAUACAAAGCACUGCAAUGUCCUGGAACUGAAAAAAAACUUUUCAGACCACAAGCUGGUAGUGAAAGUUGAGGUUUUUUUUCUUCUUUAAGUUCUACUUAAAUUGAAAGGCCUUAAAUUCUAAAACCUUCAGAUACUCUGUCAUUGGUGAGCCUGUGACCGGCCCCUCUUCUUGGACUUUGUGUUCAGACUCGGUCGUAAGGACACGUUCAACACUUGACACACAUAUACUGGAGUACUCAUCGGUGGCUUUUUAAUUCUAGCAUUGUAUUGCACAGUCGUGCGUGUGUGUGUUUGUGUGUCUGUAUGAUGAUUUGCAUUUAGCGUGACUGUCAAUUUUGUGUGCGUGCGUGCCUGUGUGUAAGUGUACGUGCGGUUGAUGUGUGUGUAAUCAUUCUUUUCACAAAACUAUGCAUCCUAGAAUGUGACUCUUGUGAAAGUAUGUGUGUCAUUUGGAAUAUUUAACUCGUUUACAUUAACGGUAUAUUUAAGUUUGUAUUUGUCACUGCCUUUGUGGUGAUGUGCAUAUUACUUGUGUGUAAAUGCAGAAUUUUGAUAUUUGAUGAGCCAGUAGGCUUUUGGGGCACAUGUACAGUACAUGUAUGUUUGACAUAAAUCAUGAAUUCAA